AUGAAUGCAAUUUAUAAUCAUGCUGUGAAGCAAAAAAAUCAAUUACAAAGUGAUUUAACUCGUUUUGAUCAAGAAUUAGUCACUGCUCCAAUUUCUUUACAAGGUUCUAUAUCUGCUACAUUAGUGUCAUUUAAUAAAACUAUUGACCAAUACAAGGCUCAUUUAGAAUCUCAAAAGAAUAAUUUCAAAUUUAAUGAAUUGAGUGAAAAAGAUUUUGAAAAACAGAAUAAAUACGAAAGUAGAUUAAUAUCAUUGAAUGAAUCAUAUAGAGAAUUCUCCACAAAAUUUAAAGAAUUAAAAUUAAAAUAUAAUCAAUCAACUACUAAUGCUAGAAGCCAAUUAUUUGGAAAUAAUUUAAGUUCAGAUAAUCCGUUCGAUGAUAGUUCUGUCAUGAAUAAAAGAAAUGUAGGUGGAGGUGCAAUCAAUAUGAACCGUGAUAACAGUAAUGGUUCUUCGCAAUUACCCUUAUAUCAAGGCCUACGAAAGGAACAAACAGUAUUGGAAAGAGGUAAUGCGCAAUUAGAUUAUUUGCUAGAAAUGGGCCAACAAUCUCUAGAUGAUAUGAUUGAACAAAAUCAAGUUAUUCUUAAGAUGCAAGAUAAAAUGUCAAGCAGUCUAAGAACUUUAGGGGUUUCUGAUAGCACUAUCCAUAUGAUCAAUAAACGAGUCUUCAAAGAUAAAUUAAUAUUCUGGGUUGCGUUGUUUCUUUUAUUUUUAGGUAUAUACUUGGUUUUAAAAUGGUUAAGAUAA